AUGGCAAUGGUAAUUGUAACGAUGAAUAGUUUAUUCAGAAUGUUAAAUAAAAAUACAGUAGUAAAGUUUUACUGGGGAAUGUUUCUUGAUCCAAUUCCCCUCCAAAAAGAAAAGAAGAUGAAGCUUACUAUUCAAAAUAGAUCUAUGCAGCUAUUGGUCAUGAAUUAUUAUAUCAAAGACGCGUUGUGUAGAGCCUUUUGGGUAUCAAUAGCUAGCUUAGAUGUUCCAAAUUAUCAAGACACUACCAUCGCUAAUUUACAUCUAUAUCUCCUUAAGCUAAUAUUCUUUGAGGGCGUGGGAGAUCUUCGUCAGCCAUCCGUGUCCUUUUUUGUCGCGUCCCGAAGAAGAUACAAGGAAUAUGAGAUGUAUAUAUGUGUAGAUCUUUCCCAAGGUUUGAUUUUGUGUACCAUUCCAUCUUCGAUUGAAUAUGCACAGAAGAAUAAAUGCCAUUUUCUUGUUUUUGGUCUUAUUCGUCUUCGUAAUAUUAUUAACAAGAGAAUUUGA